AUGGCUAUCCGCUAUUUCAUUUAGUUUAAUCAUUAAAUUUAGAGUAGGAGAGGUUCAACUUUGAGGAGGUCAAAUAGUUUUGCAGAAAAGUCUAUUUAUUAACCAAUCCAGUACACCCCAAUGAGAAAUAGAAAGAACAUGCUUGAAAAAUCAUCAACAUAAAAAUCUAGUUUAAACAAUUCAUGCACGAUGAAGAAUCUGAGAAAUGACUAUGUCAAGCCAGUCAGUACAUUUGGAGUAAUAAUUAAAGCUCUUAACUAUAUUUUAAAGUGCUCUAAACGAGCUUUUAACUGGGAAAUGUACAGCUCUGAAUAAUAAGAAGCAAGAACGCUUAAAUCAAUGCGUUCAAGUUUAAAAAAUGAAAAUAAAAAGGGUUAACAACAAAGUAGAAACGAGCCAGUAAAGGCUUUUACUAAUACAGUUUAAAAUGAAUAUGGGGAGAACAGACUUACCAUUGAUGAAGACAUCAAAGUUAAUCCUAAGAAAAAAUAAGAGUCAUUCCUUAAAAGAGUUAGAAAUGGCUCAGGACCUCCAUCAUCAGUAGCUUCUCUUCAUUCAACUAUAAGUUUCAGAGAUGAAUAUGUAGAACCAAAACUAAAUACAUUAGGUGUAGAGAGCACCAAGAAACUCUAUGGCUAGGGUGAAUUCAAUAUAUUCUCUGGGUAAACAUUAGAUGAAAGGUAUUAAAAUCGCUAUGGCUUUGCUCCCUAGCCCAAGAAAGAUCCUAGCCUUAAAUAACUUAAUACAAAACUCAUGAAAAAGUUGCAUGGUCAAGGAGAAUUCGAUCCAUUAAGUGGGAAGACAUAUGAUGAAAGAUACAAAGAAAGAUAUGCUGCUCCACAUAGUGCAUCAACUCAAGAAAAAAAUCUUCCAUAGAAACAGUAAUCAGAAAAGUACAAUAGUAAUAAUAUGAAACAGGUACUGAGUAGCUAAUCUAAUGCCAUACCUAAGGCGUCUCAAAUUAGUGAGAAACCGAACAGGGCAAAUAGCUAGAAUUUAUCAAGUAGGCUUACUAUCAAGCCUAAUUUUAAACAGCUCCAACUAGAUUAAAUAAACUCACUUAAAACUGAUAUCUCAAUGAAGAAUGUUGCUACAUUGUGA